AUCAAUUUUGUUAUGCACAAACAAAAAGAGAUUAAAAAAAGUUCUUAAAAAUGGUCAUAAAUAUUUUUUGAUCUAAAAAAAGUUAUGGCAUGUUGCAGGCCAUUAGGGUUCUUGAUAGGCCUUCCUUUUUCCUUUCUUUCCUUGGUUCUCUCCUUCAUUGGUGCUCUUCUUUGGAUCUUUUGGUCCCUUUUGAGCUGCAUUUGCCCUUGCUGUGUAUGUUUUGCUGUACUUUCAGAUUUCUCAAUAAGCCUUAUGAAGCUUCCCAUCAAUGUUAUGGAUUGGUUCAUUGACUUAAUUCCUUGUUAGGGUUUUUAGGGAAAUUGAAAAUUCCAGUUUUAUUCAUGGGAAUUAAAAUUGGUUAAUAUGGGCUUUGUGUAUUCAUUUUGUCAGAACAGCAAUCCUCUUUUAUGCACAUAUAUAGAUAUAGUGAUAGAGAUGUAGCUUUGUUAUGGGUUAAACUUAUGUAAAUUAGGUUAGA